AGAGUGAGAGCUGCGCACACGCACCAAGGUGCUGGUGGAGAUACACAGCGGAGCGCGUCACUCAGGACUCUGCACAACGCAAUUCCAACACAAAUGGAUAUUUCCGUGGCUUUGAUAUACCUUUUCUUUUUUUCCAGACCAGUUUUGGCUUUUGGGUCAGAUCAAGACUACCAGAUUGAUAUCAUCAAUGAACUUGAUUUGGCAAAUGCCACCUACGGAAUUACCCAAGUGGCAGGACUUCACAAUAUCAGCAAGGCCUUCCUUUUUCGAGAUGUUGGGAGAGCAGUUCAAGCCCCGGCACACAUUACAGAGAAAGUCAUGCAGCUAUUCAGGAGAAAAAGUGAAUUUACCUUUUUGGCCUCCAUCCAGCAGAAGUCCUCUACGUCGGGUGUCAUAUUCUCCAUCCAUGAGUCAGAACACAGCUACUUUGAAUUGGAGAGCAGCGGCGUUCGGGAGGAGAUCCGUUACCACUACCGCUCCAAGGGCAAGCCUCGUUCUGAGUCCUUUCCCUACCGUCUUGCUGAUGGCCAGUGGCACAAAAUUGCUCUCACUAUAAGCUCCUCCCAUCUACUUCUGCACGUUGAUUGUAACAGGAUUUAUGAGCGAGUUAUAGACCCGCCGCAGAUGGAGCUCACCCCAGGCAGUGGAGUCUGGCUGGGACAGCACAGCCACAAGCACGGCCUAUUCAAGGGGAUAAUUCAGGAUGUGAAGCUGAUAUUUGCUCCCAACGGCUACAUCACACAAUGUCCAAACCUUAACCGCACCUGUCCAACCUGCAGCGACUUCCUGAGCUUAGUGCAGGGCAUUAUGGACUUACAGGACCUUCUCGCCAAGAUGACCCUGAAAUUAAAUUACGCAGAGUCCAGGCUGACCCAGCUUGAGGGAUGUCACUGCGAGAAGACGUGCAGUGCCAAUGGUCUUGUCUACAGGAAUAAGGAGCUCUGGGUGGAACCAGAAAAUUGCAGGAACUGUGCAUGUAAGAAUGGUGUUGUGGAGUGCCGCAGGAUUUUCUGUCCUCCUGCAAAUUGCUCAGAAGACUCAUUGCCUGUACAUGUGGAUGGGACAUGCUGUAAGAAAUGCAGGCCAAAAUGCAGUUACAUGGGCCAGGUCUUUUCUGAGGGUCAGCGCUUUUUGUCCAGGAGCUGCAGGGAAUGCAAGAAUGGCUUGAUGGUGAAAGUUACGGAAGCAUGUCCAGACCUCAACUGUUCUGUCAGUGAACAGCUCUUAAGGGAUGGGAGAUGCUGCAAUGUUUGCCAAGGUUAUGACUUCUGCUCAGAGGGGCUCAUCUGUGGAGACAAUUCUGAAUGUAAAAAUCGGAAUACAAAAGCGGAGUGUGAAUGCAAGAGCGGCUAUGCCUCCAUUCAUGGGGAUUCUACUUACUGUGAAGAUAUUGACGAGUGUGCAACACAGAUGCAUUACUGCCAGUCCAACACGGUGUGCGUCAACCUGCCUGGAAGCCAUCGCUGUGACUGUUUGCCAGGCUUCACCCGAGUGGAUGAGUUUUCCUGCACUGAGCAUGACAAGUGUGCCAGCAGCCAGAACUCUUGUGAUGAGAAUGCCAUCUGCACCAACACGAUUCGAGGACACAUGUGUACCUGCAAGCCUGGCUAUGUUGGAAACGGCACCAUCUGCAAAGCUUUCUGCGAAGACGGGUGCAGGAGCGGCGGGACUUGUGUCUCUCCCAACACAUGUGUUUGUCCUUCAGGAUUCACCGGACGCUAUUGUGAGACAGAUAUUGACGAGUGUGCAGAGGGCCUGAUUGAGUGUCACAACUAUUCCCACUGUGUAAACCUGCCGGGUUGGUACCACUGUGAAUGCAGAACUGGUUUCCAUGACAAUGGCUCCUAUCUGCUUGAUGGGAGCUCCUGCACUGAUGUCGAUGAAUGCACUUUGCAGACACACACCUGCUGGAAUGACAGCGUGUGUGUGAAUCUACCAGGAGGGUACGACUGUGUGUGCACAUCAGGUCCAGGAUGCACUGGGGACUGUCCACAGGAAGAAGGAAUCAGAAGGAACAGAGAAGACUGGAAACCCGGCUUUGACCUAUGUACUAUUUGCUCCUGCAAGGAUGGGCAGACGUAUUGUCGAAGAAAACCCUGUGACUGUGGAGACCCAGAGGAGGACCUGUUCUGCUGUCCUAGUUGUGACAACAGACCCAGCAGCCAGUGUCUGGACCAGAGUGGUCGCACGCUCUACCGUAGCGGCGCAUCCUGGCUGUAUGGCUGCCAGCAGUGCCGCUGCAUGGAGGGCGAGGUGGACUGCUGGCCUCUGGUGUGUCCUGUGCUGAUGUGCGAGUACACGGCAGUGGCGGAGGGUGAGUGCUGCCCACGCUGCGUCGCAGACCCCUGCUUGGCUGACAACCUGUCUUAUGACAUCCGGCAAACGUGCCAGGACCCGGCAGGCAUCGCUCGCCUCAGCGGGGACACAUGGCGGAUGCCCAAGUCCCCGUGCACCAGCUGCACGUGUAAAAAUGGGAACGUUUGCUGUUCGGUGGAUCUCGACUGUCUCGAAAACAACUGAAGAACUGCUUCUUCUCGUCCCUUUCUCUCGCCUCCUUUCCCUGAACCCUACUCUCGCCACAGGGCUGCAGCGCCCCCUUUUCAACGGAGCCCUUGCAUUUUUUGACAGACUCUUGCACACUCUUGUGCAUGUCAUUGUGUGCACAGAAAAUACAAACACACACCGGUUGAGAUGUUAAUGGUUUUUUUUUCCCCAGUAACAAUUGACAGGAUGUGACUGUACGUGUGGCUCAGAAGGUGCCUAAGUUACUCCCACCACUCAAUCGUGUGUCUUGUCUUUGUUUUGGAUAGUUUCAUGUAAGUCCUAAAAAAGGACCAUGCAUUCACAUUCACUCGCUAACAAGAAUGACUUUCAUCACUUGUGCAAUUAAUCAGUGCAGACCAGUGCAGAAAUUGGAUAUCAAACUCAAGUGCUGUAUGUAAGUGAUCAAGUUAAAAACACAUAACAUAAUGGGAAAAUUAUAAAUUUUUGCAUAUGAAUAGAAAACAGUCAAAUAAUCAUCUCACAUUGUUCACAGCAAUAUCUACUGAAGUUAACACACUGACCUCUGCCCAAGCAUGCAAUACCACUUUUUACCUCAGGAGGCAAUAGUGACUCACUGUAGCAAGUCAGCCCUCAGUUCAAGGAUGAAGACAUGAACUAAGCCCAAAUCUAUGUAUAAAAACAACAAAUCUAUCAACAUUGUUGCUAGUUUUACAGAAAAAAAAAAUCUUGUCAAAUGGUGGCGGUCAUUUUUUUUUUUUCAUUUUUCCUAAAGCUACAGUAUGAUCACAUGCUAAAAUCUGAGCUAUGCAAGUGACAGACGAAACGAUACCAAUCAUAAGAUAACAUUAGUCACAUUGUUUUUUUAUUCUUUGAGCUUUUAUGGGAUGGAUUUUAAAAUGUUCUUAAGUAAACUUUACGCAUAGCAACUUUGAAUUGCAAUGUGUAUAUAUUUGUCAUUGUUUUUUUUUUCAUUCGCACAAUUGACAAUGACACAUGCACUAUGAAAAUCAAUUUUUUUAAAGCGCAUGUCAACUUUGAGGAGUAUUGUAGGUUACUUUGUCCAACGGCUUCACAGUGGGGAUGUAGUUGUCUGUCCUGCUGAGCUAUUAAUAUUAUUGUCUGUAAUAGCCUCUGAUAUGCCCGACAUAUGCGGCAGCAGUGUGAUGAUGCAAUACAGCAUCAUGAGGCCAGGCCAGCCAGCGGUACCGGUGUACGUUGAUUAAACCGGUGGACUUGAUGGAGGGUCAGUUGCCUCUGUCGUGUCCCCAGGCUUCUCAGCUCUGUACUCUAUGGCAGACAUCUGACAGGGGGACAUUAAAAAAAAAAAGGGAAGCGGGGAGAGUUGGGAUAAUUAAAGUCCUGGUCAUCCGGAUUUGAAUAUGCCAGGAGGUCACUGUGUCCAAUUUGUUUACAGACGGUCAGACUCAUUAAGACAGAAAAUGUCAGCGGUCCUUCUGCUGUACUUGAGAUGUUAACACCCCAGAUUAUCUGCUGAUUCUCUUCUGUCCUCUCCUCCAUCAUGCUAAUGUUUGCCUAGAGAGGACUCACGUGCCCCUUUAGUGUCGCAUUGAUCACACUUUGAGUCCAUCACUGUCAGUGAUGCAUUUUUUUUCACCACAGGAAGUGAGAUGGAUUUUCAACAUAGCGUCCGCAUUUUUGUGUGAGCACAGACUCUGGAAUGAAAUCUUUGUCACAUUUAGUUGGAUACCACCAUAAAGCAUCUGGUUUGCCGGGGUCACCUUUUGGUCACGUGACAACAUUUUCCAGUACAGUCGUCUGGAAAAGUGAUACAACGGUAAACACUUAGAACUGGUAGCAGUGUUACUGGUACACUUGCACAAUCUAAUGAGCUUCAAUACAAUGAUCAGUUUUGAUAAUGGUAAUUAUUUAACAAUAUGUGUAUUUUUUAAUAGGAUAAUAGUCAUUCAUUCACAUUAUAUGGCUUAGAGCUGGAGCUUAUCCCAGCAGAGGUGGUCAAGUGGUGUGUUAUGCUCGGCAUUGGUCAUCAGUCAGUCAAAAGAUGGAUCUCAUGAAUACAUUUGAUACAUUUCAUGAGGAUAAGCAGUGUAGAAAAUGGAUGCAUAGCUGGUGAACAGUGCAGGGUGUACCCCGCCUCUCGCCCAAAGACAGCUGGGAUAGGCUCUAGCAUACCCGUGACCCUAGUGAGGAUAAGCAGCAUAGAAAUGGUUGGAUGGAGUUUCCCUAUUGUAUCCCUGGUGGGCAUUUCCUCACAGGAUGGUCACAAUGGUGUGGCACGGUGGUCGAGUGGUUAGCGUGCAGACCUCACAGCUAGGAGACCAGGGUUCAAUUCCACCCUCGACCAUGGAGUUUCUCCCCGUGCACGCGUAGGUUUUCUCACACAUUCCAAAAACAUACUCCAAAUUGUCCAUAGGUAUGAAUGUGAGUGUGAAUGGUUGUUUGUCUACAUGUGCCCUGUGAUUGGCUGCCGACCAGUCCAGGGUGUACCCCGCCUCUUGCCCGAAGACAGCUGGGAUAGGCUCCAGCACCCCCUUAAAAUAAGUCUGUUAGACUUAUUAUUUUAUUAGUAUUACUUUAAUUAGUAUUAUUAUUAGUAGUAGUACUUAUUAUUUUAUUAUAUAGUAUUUAUUAGUACUUAAUUUGAUUAUUUUUUAUUGAUAGAUUAUUGAUUGAUCUAUGUGAAUUGGUGAUUCAUGCAAACAUGCAAUGAUGGCAAACAGAGCUCUGUGGCUGCCACCAUGUAGGGAGAGGCGGUCGCUGUGACUAUUACUAGAAUACGACAUAUGGAUUGUGUUUCAGUAUUUAAAAGCAUGAGGUAUGAAUGUGAGUGUGAAUGGUUGUUUGUCUAUAUGUGCCCUGUGAUUGGCUGGCCACCAGUCCAGGGUGUACCCCGCCUCUCGCUUGAAGACAGCUGGGAUAGGCUCCAGCACCCCUGCGACCCUCGUGAGGAUAAGUGGUAGAAAAUGAAUGAAUGAAUGGUCACAAUGGGGUUGAUGUUGUCGAUGUUGCCAGGUGCAGCCGGUGAACGACUUCCCUGCAUAUCAAUAGGUCGUUUUCUCAGCCUUGUGGCAAAACAAGUCGUUUAUAGCCACUCUGCCUGUGGGACAAUCAUUGACACCCACUAUAUUAGAGACCAAAAAAUCCUUACACUCGUGUCACAAUGCAGGAGAGUAUUUUCAGUGUUAGCAGUUUAUUUGCAUCGCCGACAGAUUUGAGGGCAAUGAUGUAAUUCUGCAUAGAGUGAGAACUAGAAAGGCGGAGGUUUGCCCCAUCACCUGUUACCUGAUUUCCACGGGAAGAGUGCCCACUAACAAGUUGUUUUUCCACCACGCAGGCGGACGACCUAUUGUUAUGCAGGAUGGCUGUUCACCAGCCACGCUGGGCCACAAUAACAACAACAACCCACCAGAGACAUAAAUAAUAAGGAAACUCCACACCUAAGAUUUUAAAACAAAAGAAGCCUUUUGGAUGAAACAGCCAUUGCGGCUCUCAUUACAUUGUGCUCGUGUAGCUGCCUAAUGAGGUGGUCAAUGAGUUUCUGGAGGUAUGAUCGUAUGGAGUCACGGUUUGUGCUGUGAAAAUAUAUUUAUCCAUUUCAUGUGAUGAGACUUAAAUUUACCACAAAAUGUGAAUGUGUAUAUUCCUUUCUUUGACCUUCCUGUGUUCGGACUGAGAGGUUGUUUCACAAUCUUAUUGAGAAAGGCUGGGGUCGCGUUAUUGUGCCUGUAGAGGGGAUGGUGGCAUGCAAAGAGGUGCAUCAUGGCUUUUUUUUUGGUGACCUCGUCUUUUCUGUUUGCCAUGGAAUCUGUUUGUAUCUCACCGGAGCAUAUCUCUACGUAUGCGCCGAUGACUGACAUCCAUGGUAUCCGCUCUCGUUUGAAGUUGAGCACAACAGUCAAAUGCAGACAUAUGUAAAAAGAUCCCUCAAUACAUUUUCCAGCACGCUUAGUUGAUUUAUUUGGUAUGAAAUAUAAAUACUACUGUAAAAGGAGUUGCAAGUCUGCGUGUAAAUGUUUUUACAUACUGACAAAAAUUAUACAGUUUUCUAUUACUAUUGUGUUCAUGCAUACUGUGUUCAACUUGUGGGGUAGCUUGGUUAAUGUAAAUAGAAUGUAAAGUGAAGGGGUGUGUAAAGAAAGCCUAAUGUCAAUGCUCAUUAAUUCCAGCUUCUUAGGAGUGUUUCAAGUCCAGUAUGAGAGAAAAAGCAACAUGUAUGUGGUUUUAUUGCUAUUUAUUUUUUCUUAACCCUUUUAGUAAACUGCCAUAGUUUGUCUCUUCACUGUUUUAGGACAACAUUAUGGAUUAGACUAGUCUGUGUGUUUGUACACUAAAAUCUGCAUCGGCAGAUAAUUCACUGCACUUACAAGUCCGUGGGGAACAUCUCCACGUGAUAAUCAAACAAAAUAAAAAUGUGUACACAUGUACGAAACAAAGAAACCAGAAGAAAAGAAUAAGUCAAUGUUGAGAAAAAUGUUGUUCUUCUGUUCAACAAAAAACAAGCCAUUGUGUUACUCCAUUAUGUCUGACUUUAAGAAAAAAAAAAAAGGAAUUUUGGACUUUCUCGAUCCUGAUAUGAUUCUACAUGUUUUUGAUAGACGAACACACUGGAGAAAUUCACCUGGUGCAUUUGCUGUACUCGUACCCAAGGGGUUAAGUGUCAUUUGACUUGAAGACUGUGUUGUAAUAAGAGUUUGCUGUAAAACAUUCUCCAGUUAAUAAAAUUUUUGGUU